CAUGCGCUGAACUACUGUUUCCGGGUCGCGGCCAGGUAAGCCUCCGCGGCGGCGCUCGCGGAACUUAAGCCCAGAGGUCUCAGUAAGUAGGAGACCGAUCCGAGCCUGAGCGUUUUCCUCUAGUCCCCUCCUUCGAGUCUCUGAAGACCCGGGUACAACCUGGCAGUAGGGCCCAGGAUUUCGAUUCAGUUCAGCGACUUUACUACUCCGGCUGAGAAAUGUGGAAACUGCGGCUUAGGGCAUAGCUCCUAGUCGCCGUGUAGCAGGCCCCGUGUCCUCCCCCGGUUUCCUCUGGAUCAGCGCAGACCCCCGUCCCUGCGCCAGGUCCCCUCCCUUGGGUCCAAGGCCCCAGUUUUCAGCCUCAGCCACAUAACCCCUCAGUCACCCACGCCUCGUCUCCCUGGCUGUCCGCAGGCCUGGGCAGCAUGGCCGUAUUCCGGUCGGGCCUCCUGGUGCUGACGACGCCCCUGGCCUCCCUGGCCCCUCGCCUGUCCCCCAUCCUGACCUCGGCGGCCCGGCUGGUGAAUCACACGCUCUAUGUACACCUGCAGCCGGGCAUGAGCCUCGGGGGCCCAGCUCAGCCCCAAUCCAGCCUCGUGCAGGCCACGUUUGAGGUCCUGGAUUUCAUCGCGCACCUCUACGCUGGCGCGGACGUCCACAGGCACCUGGACGUCAGAAUCCUGCUGACCAAUAUCGGAGCCAAGAGCGCCUCUCUCCCUUCCCUGCCCAGCUCAGUCCAGAACCUGGCCCACCCACCGGAAGUGGUGCUGACUGACUUUCAGACCCUGGAUGGAAGCCAGUACAACCCGGUCAAGCAACAGCUAGAGCGUUAUGCCACCAGCUGCUACAGUUGUUGUCCCCAACUGGCUUCGGUGCUGCUAUACCCCGAUUAUGGGUCCGGAGAGCUGCCUGUGGAGUCCCUGGAUGUCCCCUUACCCUCCACCAUCAGGCCAGCCUCCCCCGUGGCCAGGUCUCCAAAGCAGCCAGUGCGUGGCUACCACCGUGGGGCUGUGGGUGGCACGUUUGACCGCCUGCACAAUGCUCAUAAGGUGUUGCUCAGUGUCGCGUGCAUCCUGGCCCAGGAGCAGCUUGUGGUGGGAGUAGCAGACAAAGACCUGUUGAAGAGCAAGUUACUCCCUGAGCUGCUCCAACCCUACGCAGAACGUGUGGAACACCUGAGUGAGUUCCUGGUGGACGUCAAGCCCUCCUUGACUUUUGAUAUCAUCCCCCUGCUGGACCCCUAUGGGCCCGCUGGCUCUAACCCCUCCUUGGAGUUCCUGGUGGUCAGCGAGGAGACCUAUCGUGGGGGGAUGGCCGUCAACCGCUUCCGCCUUGAGAAUGACCUGGAGGAGCUUGCCUUGUAUCAGAUCCAGCUGCUGAAGGACCAAAACCACAAGGACAAUGAAGAAGACAAAGUCAGCUCCUCUAGCUUCCGCCAGCGAAUGCUGGGAAACCUGCUUCGGCCUCCAUAUAAGAGGCCAGAGCUACCCACACACCUGUACGUGAUUGGGCUGACGGGCAUCAGUGGCUCCGGGAAGAGCUCAGUAGCUCAGCGGCUUAAGGGCCUGGGGGCAUAUGUCAUCGACAGUGACCAGCUGGGCCAUCGGGCCUAUGCCCCAGGUGGUCCUGCCUACCAGCCUGUUGUGGAGGCCUUUGGAACAGAUAUUCUCCAUAAAGAUGGCAUUAUCAACAGGAAGGUCCUAGGCAGCCGGGUGUUUGGGAACAAGAAGCAGCUGAAGAUACUCACGGAUAUCAUGUGGCCAGUUAUUGCAAAGCUGGCUCGAGAGGAGAUGGAUCAGGCUAUGGCUGAGGGAAAGCACGUGUGCGUGAUCGAUGCUGCUCUGCUGCUUGAAGCCGGCUGGCAGAACAUGGUACAUGAGGUGUGGACCGUUGUCAUUCCCGAGACUGAGGCUAUACGACGCAUCGUGGAAAGGGAUGGCCUGAGUGAGGCUGCGGCUCAAAGCCGGUUGCAGAGCCAGAUGAGUGGGCAGCAGCUUGUGGACCAGAGCCACGUGGUGCUGAGCACCUUAUGGGAACCGCAUGUCACCCAAUGCCAGGUGGAGAAGGCCUGGGCCCUCCUGCAGAAGCGCAUCCCCCAGGCACCGUAAGGCCCAUGGCUGACAUUGAGUUCUCUGUGGGGCCCAAGUGGCCCCUGGAGCUGCCAAGAGAUUCAGCGGUGAGGAGGAAUGGGGGCCUCAGGGCUCAUCCUGGUUGGGCCUAGAGGGCUCUGAACCAAACUGGGGAGCGCAGGGCUGGGCCUGGCGGACACAUGAAGCCUACCCAGCUUGCUGGUGUUUGGCCAUCACUGAGGAUGUGGCUCAUCGGGGAGCAGGCCUCUCUGGCAUUCUGUGCCUACUCUUGCCCACAGUGUUUGAUGCCUACGGCCGACUGUGCCCAGGGCAAACACUGGAACUUGUAACAGAAUUAAAGAUGAAUGUUGCCA